CGCUAUCUCUCAACCCCGUAUCAGUGCCAUUUCGAUUUCUUUCCAUCACGAUGCCGUAGUGAGGGGAGGACAGUAACUCGUCAAGCACUGCGCUGCCUCUGACAGCCAGUUCUGCAUCUGGGAUGAGUGCGACAUCUUCGCCUUGCUUGGCUAUCGAAACCAUCCGGCCUAUGACACAAAACAUCACCCCAUCGUCAAGAACAACGAGGAGACUGGUCCAGCCACGUCGAUUGCUGCCCCGCGGCUCUCCUGUACUGAGGGAUGGAGAGCCAUCAUCAAGGCCCAAGUCCAAGAAAAGUCGCAACGGGUGCGCAACUUGCAAAGCAAGAAGAAGAAAGUGUGAUGAGGCGAAGCCAUCUUGUCGACAGUGCGUUCGUCGCAGCGUCAUAUGCGAUGGCUACACCAAAGAUCUGAGAUGGAAAGAGUUCCAGAAACCCGAACAUCCGACCGCCUCUUCACACGACGAAACGCCAAGGCGUCCCAUACGCCCUCCGAUUUCUCGAAAGCCCGAUGAUUCGCGAGAAACCACGCGGAACAUCGAGCUACAAGAUGAUGCACUUCGCAAAACUCAAUCAGAGUAUGGGAUAUCCGAGCCAGUUGACUCAGAAUCUCUGCCACCCGACACUACUGAGGCUAUCACUAGCCCCAACUUUCGCAGUGAGAGCCCCUGGUUUAUACGGGAGUCUGACCCUGAGGUCGACGUUUCCUUUGACAUAUCUCCCAGCCCUCUAGGGCAGCUUGACGACCUCGACGCGCUGUUUUCAGGUUCCAACGCUGCCGACGCUCUUGAUGAUCAGUUUCCACUGCAGCCUGUCAGUCGAGCAAGGGCUACCAGGUCCUCAACUCUUCCUCCAUUUGAUGCAGUAGAGACCACAGAUGUGUUGCGUUUACCAAGUCAACAACCGGAAACACCAGCAUAUCACGAUGGUUGGGAAAUGACCCCCCGAUCCCAUAGUUUCGGCUCUGGCUACCAGACUCCGAAUCUGUCGUUUCGCCUAACUCUGCCAUAUUCCUCAAGGGGAGUCAUGCAGGACAUGCUGACAGGGAUAUUCCCUCUUUACCACCAACCGCACAUACACAGCGAUAGUCCAGAGAGUGUAGCUCUUCUUUUCGACCGUCGAAUAUGCGAACUUCUCUCCAUCAAGGAUGAUCCAACCGGAAACCCAUGGCGGACCAUAGUCUGGCCUCUCGCCAAGGAACAUCCUGCACUCUAUCACGCAAUCGCUGCCAUGACCUUUUUUCAGGGAUUCAAUAAUCGUCCACGUUUUCGUGCUCAGGGUAUCCGCCACCUUGAACGCAGUAUGCAGAGUCUGUCGGCGGGGGACAGUAGCGGCAUGCGUCUUGAAGUGGUCCUGACUGUGACGGUCGCUCUCGCAUUCGCACAAACCUGGAGCUAUCCGAGAUCGUCCACUGCAAUCAAGCAUAUCGAAGGCGCAAAAGUCCUCCUCCAAAAGGCUUUCUCUAUGCAUCUCUCUUCUCAGGUGCCGGAGCGCAACCAAGCCGCUCUGAACUUUCUUGCCAAUACCUGGAUGUACAUGGACGUCCUUGCACGCAUUACCUGCCACAACAUUCAGGCUCUGGACGUCGAUUUCAUGACUGCUCGCAGUCUAGACAAUCCUGCAAAUGAUUCUGGGCCUGAAAUUGACCAUCUCAUGGGAUUUGCAGGGACGUUAUUUCCUUGGAUUGGUCGCGUGGCAGAUGUUGUUAGUCGCGUGUGGCGAACACCAGAAAAGCCCAACUCUCUCACCAUCAUCUCCCGUGCCGUUGCACUGAGAGCGGCUAUCGAGCAGUGGAAUCCCCCUAUAAACUCUCUUGGAGUAAUCGAAGGUGAAAGUCUCACUUCCCAUACUUCGGAUCUAAUCCAGACGGCAAACGCGUAUAGAUGGGCAACACUGCUUCUCCUGCAUCAAGCGGUACCAGAACUUCCCAGUCGAAUUGGUUUCGCUGAGAUGGCCCAGAACGUCCUCAUCCUUCUCGCUACAGUGCCUCUCACAUCCCGCACGAUCGCAUUCCAAAUUUUGCCUCUGUUAAUGGCUGGUUGCGAGACGACAGAACCUGAAGACAGAGAUUGGGUUCUGGAAAGGUGGCAGUCACAGUCUGCAGGAAAUACGUCAGGAAUCGUGGAGCGGUGUGUGGAGUUGACAAAGGAAGUUUGGAGAAGACGCGACAACCAUGAGAAACACUGCGUGCCGGGCCACCUCUGUGGGGUUGAAACACCAUCUACUUCGCUUCCUUGCUCAAGUUUUGGGGCUACUGACUUAAAUGCCAGCUUUGAACACAGGGGUAUGGAAGGUCGUUCUGUUGAAGAAGAUUGCCUUUGUGGCUUUGAAAAUGGGCGGUCCACGAAAUCUUCCAGUUUGCAGAACUUGACUAUCCACACGAGAAAUAUGGAUCCUGGAACGAGGCUCAAAUGCGUCGAGUUUACAAUAAUAAGCAAAUUGCAUUGGUUCAGCAUAAUGAAGGAAUGGGGCUGGGAAGGUAAGGCGCCUCUUCUUGCAUUGUCUUCUAGUAUUAACUUUGUACAGUGUUAUUGGGCUGAGAGAUUUCCUCUUCUAUUCCUUUCAAGCUCUAGUGCAUGCAAGGCAGUAGUGAGUUUCUAA